CUUUUUUUUGCAUCCACCACCCAAUCACUUCCCAAGUUUCUCCACCCUCCCAGACGCGGCGAAAUUGACGGUCGCUGUGCAAUAAUAAUUCUCGAUCCUUAAAAUCAUCAUGGCGACUGGCGGUUUAUUUGGAGGUCUCGGUACCGCCUCGACCACAAGCUCUGGCGGAGGCUUGUUUGGUAGCCUUAUGGCUCCGUCCUCGAAACCGGCGCAAAGUGGUGGAUUAUUCGGCGGGCUGGGCUCAACUUCGACAACGAGCACUCCGCAGCAAGCUGGUACAACAGGUGCUUUUGGUGGACUUGGACAAGGAUCAAGCAUGGCGGGUGCGAGUACAUUUGGUGGGAGUACUUUGGGAGGAGGAGCUUCAGCACCAUCCGGUGGGCUGUUUGGACAACCACAACAACAAAAAAGUUCCGGUUUGUUCGGCGCGACGGGGGGAAAUACGCAACAAAAUGGGGUUGGUAACGUUGGGGGUCUAGGACUAGGUCAAUCUACGCAGCCCCAGCAACAGCAACAGCAACAGCAAGGUCUUGCGGCUUCUCAAGGGCCCCUUCAACAAUCAACUCAAAAUGGUCAGAACCACGCAUAUUUCGAUUCGAUACUGGAGAAGAGCAGAAAGAGGGCCUAUGGCGAGUCUGCUGGGGCGGAGCUUCCACAGUUGCAACUUGGGCUGAGCGAUCUUCGUCAGCGUAUAAAACGCCUGGGUUCAGUCGGUCCGGAUCGCAGUGUGGAUGGGAAGGCACAUUAUCUUCUUGCUGGUUCUGGGGUAGAUCCAGGAGCCGCAGUCAGGGACUUGACCGCCUUCAAUGCGACGUCUGGCAAGGUGGAUAGAUUACUGCAGCAACCGCAACAAAUCGAUACGGACGUCGAAGGUUACCUUGCGAAUUUGCAGACACAAACAACGCUCAGCAUGAUAUCUGAUGGAUUGGCACGUUCCGUUCGCGAUUUUGAUUCUUUCUUGGAGGAUAAUGUGACAAUGGAAUGGGACGCACAGCGGAAGAAGAUAUAUCAGCAUUUCGGUAUUAAACCCAGGGAAGACUUGGCUGCUAUGGGAAGAUCAAGUUUCCAAGCUACUGCUACAGAAACUACGGGAGGGUUUGGACGAUCAAGGAAGAGUAAGGCAGCAGCACAUGCUAGUUCAAGAGGGACUGGACCAGCAAGUUUCAGCACUUUCGGCCGAUCAAGUAUGCAGAAAUCAGCAAUUGGAGCCCCAAGCUCGGUUGGAAAGUCAACACAACAAGCUUUUGCUGACGUUGAAAAACAAAUCGAAAAGAAUGGGGUGGUAUCUACACCAGGCGAUAGAUUCCAAAGGGACAAGCAGAGCAAAUAUGCUGAAAAAAUUCAAAGUCUCAAUGUGGCACGAUUAGAAAAACGCUUCUAUCCAAUAGCAACCAAUCUAGCUGCUGUUGUCACCGAGGCCGGCGAACAGCAUGGUCCCGAUCUUGUCAAGGCAUACAGAGCUUUGAUUGAGAUCGUUUCUGAAAACCCAGAUGUCGAACUUUUAUCGGAUCCUCUUGCGGUUGCUGAACGAAAAUUUGCGAAAAUCCAUCUAGAUGAUGACCCGAAGUCGCAACGUGGACCUGAACCGAGGAAGAGGAUUAUGCGGGGAGGUGCGAGGUGUUUUGAGAAGUUGGCUUUCGAAGAGGUGGAGGCCUUCAUCAGCAAAAAUCCCCGAGAAGCCAAUCUAGGCGGUGUUCCGAAUGUUAUCAGCAAAGUCAAGGCAUAUGUCCGACUUCUGGCUUCGAAAAAGAAUCUUUCCGGCGACAACAACGACCUUCAAAUGCUCGGAGACGAUCAUGUUUGGGCUCUUAUUUACUAUCUUCUUAGAACAGGCCAUGUUCAAGAGAUAGUCGAUUAUGUGGCAGCCAAUGCUGUUGCAUUUAGAGCAAUCGAUCGCAACUUCACUUCAUACAUAACGGAAUACUUCAGCAGUCCAGACAGAAGGCUUCGCCGCGAUCUUCAAGAGCGUAUAAACAGCGAGUACAGCCAGAGACUUCGAGUUGCACCAGAGAAUUCCAUUGAUCCGUACAGAAUGGCCUGCUACAAAAUUAUUGGCAGAUGCGAUUUGAAAUCCCGCAACAUCGAAGGCAUCAGUCACACAGUUGAGGAUUUCGUUUGGCUCCAACUUGUCCUCGCACGGGAAGUCAAUAAAAGUGACGAUUUUGCUGGCGACGCAUAUGGGCUGGCAGAGUUGCAAAAAACCAUGAAAGAAAUUGGUAGCCGAUUUUUCGAAAAGGGAGGAACUGAGGUUGGGUGCUCAUUUGGAUCUUUCGUUUUCUUCCAGGUGGCAUGCGGCAUGUUUGAACAGGCAGUUUCAUACCUCUAUCCAUUCUCAUACACCGACGCAGUCCAUUUGGCUAUUGCCUUAAACUUCUACGGUUUACUAAGAGCUUCAGAUCCAAAUACAGCCGGCGAAGACCUUCUAAGUUAUACAACCAGAGAAGCUCCUCAAAUCAACUUUGGACGUUUGAUUGGCUAUUAUACACGUGAUUUCAGAGCGGCAAAUGUUACGGCUGCUGUUGACUACCUUGUUCUUAUUUGUCUCAAUAAAGAUAUUCCAGGCCAAAGUGGUUCAAGUCAAGUCACUCUAUGCCAUGAGGCAUUACGGGAGAUUGUACUGGAAAGCAGAGAGUUUGCGUUGCUCUUGGGUGAUCUUCUGGGUAACGGAGAACGGCAUAUGGGUGUGAUUGAGCAGCGUAUGGGCCUCAUCUCGCUAGACAAAACCGACGAUUUCAUGCGGAUGAUCACUAUUCAAGCUGCUAGCAUUGCCGAUGAUAAUGGCCGACUCACUGAUGCAGUGUUACUUUAUCAUUUGGCAGGUGAAUACAACAACGUCAUGGUCAUUCUCAACCGCGCUCUCAGCGAAUUUCUCGUCGUGCCUGUUGGUCAAGACCCACUGCGACUUCAAACAAUCAAGAUGCCCUCGAAUCCAAGUCAACAGCAGAUUCGACUUGGCAGCUUGAGCUUGACCUCUAUCGACGACCCGCAAGAACUUUCACAAUCCUUAAUGGGUCUUUACAUGUCUGGCACGUACGAAAACAAGAUGAGGGCUGAACUCCGCAACGUUAACAUGACUUUGACAAACGCUUGCGCCCUAAGAAUUCUCAUUGAGAAUGGACAAUGGACUACGGCAUUAGAUGUAAGUCUCCCAUUCAUGCUGUGGUAUACAUUUGCUAAUCAAAUCCAAUCAGUCCAUGUCUAAUUUCGAUCUUAUCCCAAUCAACGCCAAGGGAGAACCAAGUAUGGUUCGAAAGCUUGCAAAGAAGUUUCCUAAUGUGGACCCUGCUCUUCAAGCCAUUGUUCCCAACCUGAUUUCUUGGGCGGUACAGUGCGGGAAUGGAGUGCGUGCAACUUUCAUGAACAGCGAAUUCAGCGCAAACAUUGAAUCGAGACAAACUAUGCUGGAACAAAUCAAGCGGAUGCAGCUGGAUAUGAUUAGCUUCACGAGUCAGUUGCGGUAUCGAUUCCCGGCGGAGCUUCAUGAACUUUUAGCGGAGGCACAGUCUUCAAUGUGA